CGCGGACAUGCCGAUCCCCCGACAUGGUCUCUGCUGUUCACGCACGGGUCGCUGAUCAAGUGAUUGCCUCUAUACAAGACAGCUUGACCGAUGCCAUUCUUGAGCAACUUUACCUGGUCUUCUCUGAGCCGCUUCUUCUCUCUGCUCUCGACUUGAUAGACCAGGAAUGCAUUGUUAAGACCGCGACGCCCUGGGGUCACGUAGAAUACUCCGUCAACGCCUCGUCUUCACCCACCACGUAUCUGGUAUUCUUGGACCUGCCGAACUCGAGCAGACCACACGUCUGCACAUGCCCUGCAUACUCGUAUAGUGUCCUGCUGAACGAUACUCACAUCACAUGCAAGCACAUACUCGCGGUCAGGAUAUCCGAACGGCUCGGGAUGUGUGCACCGAGAAUGCUUGAGAGCGAUGAAGAGCUUGCUAGACUUAUUGUUCAGCAAGCGCGCCAAUAAGUAGUACUCGUCAAUAUGUUUAUCACGCCAACGUUCCGACUCACGAGCAUGACCCCGGCCCCAGUGCAAUCAAUAUGGAUUUCAUGAUGUAACAGCUUCACCUACUUCAUCUGCUAGAACAUGAGGGGCAGUAGGAAUUGACGUUCGGC